AUGGCUCCUUCAACCAAGGCCGCUGCCAAACCCCAAGAUGCCAAAGCCAAAUCGGCCAAGAAAGCUGCCCUCAAGGGAGUUUCCGGUGGAUCCGUCCGAAAAGUUAGAACCUCAGUUUCUUUCCACCGACCAAAGACUUUGAGAUUACCUCGUGCUCCUCGAUACCCAAGAAAAUCCGUUCCUCAUUUACCUCGAAUGGAUCAAUUCCGAACCAUCCAACAUCCCCUUAACACCGAAUCUGCCAUGAAGAAGAUUGAGGAACACAACACUCUCGUUUUCAUCGUUGACCUCAAGGCUAACAAGCGAAACAUCAAGGAUGCCGUCAAGAAGCUUUAUGAUGUUGAUGCUGCCAAGGUUAACACCCUUAUCAGACCCGACGGUAAGAAGAAGGCCUACGUUAGAUUGACUGCCGACUUCGAUGCUCUCGAAGUUGCCAACAAGAUCGGCUUCAUCUAA